CGAGUCAGGUAAAAUGUUGGUGGUGGGCCCCAGUGGCUGUUCUGCUGUCUUCCUCGACACACGACGCCAGCAUCAACUUCACACCGAAUUUUUAUUAUAUUUUUCCAGUGUUUUUUGUGUCUGUGUGUGUGUAUGUGUGUUUUCACACAUCUCGUGAAGAAGAAUUCUUUUUUAUUCUCUGACCCAAGAGAGAAAGAAAUUCGUGAUACAAAGAGUUGGUGAGUGUGUGGGAAACUUUCAACGUCAUCAUCAGAUUGUGUGCCCACCACUCUCUGCUGCCAAAGGAAAUUCGAAACCGACGAAAGAAAGAAAAAAGGGAAAUUUGAAAGAAGACGACAAUUCCGCGGUCGACCAUGGACCUGCACGAAGAGACUGCGGCAUUAGUAGCAGUGACUUUGAAAUGAAUUCGAGUCAAGGUCGUGUGAAAGUCUCGUGAAGAAGAAGACAACAAUCAACAACAACAGGAGGCAAAACCGCCGAGGAGAUUAUUAUUACGUCCAUAUACAACAGAAAAGAAUCAGAGAAAAAGGAAACGAUAAUCAGCGCAACACCUUCUGGUCCAACCAAAACCACACACCUAUGCCUGAAGGCUGCCGCUCUACCUGUCAGCAGCGUGAGGAGCUCUGCUGUCAUCGUCAGCAGUUGGCAACAAUAAAAUGGCCAUCCAGCGUUCAACAAAUGGAGCGUACCGGCAUUUCACGGCCUUAUUCAUCUUCUUCCUUCAUUCCCUUGGGCCCGUCUCAGCUGCAACCUCAGGAAUGGUUUUGAAUGAUUUCAUUAGUCAUUUUGAACCACUUUUCUACGACCACCACGAUGUCCGGCUGCAGCACAGUAGAUCCAAAAGAGAAAGCGAUUCCCAGACUCUACACCUACAAUUCAAUGCUCACAACAGGCUUUUCAAGAUUCGAUUACGUCGCAGCGCCGACGUUUUCGCCGAUGACGUCGUCCUGGAAAGCAGCAAAGGAUCCAUCGCCUUUGAUUUGUCCAAGGUCUACCAAGGCGAACUGGAAGAUGACGAUCAUUCUACGGUGAGCGCCGUGCUGACAUCCAGCGGAAUCUUGGACGCCACAGUGUCGACGGCCUCUGAAACUUAUUACGUGGAGCCGGCCAGCCGUUAUUUCGACGCCAGCCAGAAUGUCUCGUUUCCAGCUGUUAUUUACAAAGCGUCUGAUGUACUCCAUCCGGAUCCUCACCAGGAGCACGACGGCUGCGCUUCUCAUCAGCUUUACUUGAAGCAAUUCGAGCAUUUCCACUGUGUCGGACACCGAGGAGAAGACCGUGACGACGACGCCACUAGAACCAAUCGAAACUCAUCGGAUGCUCCUGCUGCUGUGAUACGUUCGUGCCAAGAAGAAGAAGAUAACAACAACCCAAAGAAGGAUAGCGUUGCCCGGGAAGGAAUCGAGCCCAAUCAGCUGAUCGAUCAAACCCUGUACUCUGGUUGGAAUCGUCGCCAUCACGAGAAGCAAAAGAAGAAGAGAAGAUCGACGAUCGAUCACCGCAAGACGACUUGCAUGCUCUACUUGCAAGCCGAUCACCUGUUUUACGGUAAAAUGGGCAGCGAGGAGGCCUGCAUCGAGACCAUGACACGACACGUUCAACGAGUCAACAGCAUUUACAAGAACGUCGACUUUGAUGGAGACGGCCAAGGCGACGAUAUAAAUUUCAUGAUCAAACGGAUCAAAGUCCACACGGAGCAGGCUCUCAACGAAGCCAGUUAUCGAUUUCCAGGCAAUUACGGAGUCGAGAAGUUUUUGGAACUAUUUUCAGAGGAAGAUUACAAUGCCUUUUGUUUGGCGUACAUGUUCACGUAUCGGGACUUUGAAGGAGGGACUUUGGGUCUGGCCUGGACGGGUGAUUUGAAAAACGCCGGCGGCGUAUGCGAAAAGAAUGGCCAUUAUCGCGGCAGUUUGAAGAGCUUGAAUACGGGCAUUGUGACGCUAUUGAAUUACGGCAAACACGUCCCACCCGCCGUCUCUCACGUCACGCUGGCUCACGAAAUCGGCCACAAUUUCGGAUCGCCACACGAUCCAGAAAACAAUCGGGAUUGCACGCCGGGUGGCGAAGACGGCAACUACAUCAUGUUCGCUCGUGCCACUUCCGGCGAUAAGAGGAACAACAACAAGUUCUCACCCUGCAGUCUCAAGAGCAUUAACGGCGUCCUCAGCGCCAAGGCUCGUAACGAGCAAGGCUGUUUCAAAGAACCCCAGAGUGCCAUUUGCGGCAACGGAGUGGUGGAAGCGGGUGAAGAAUGCGAUUGCGGAUGGGAAGAAGAUUGCCAAGAAAAGUGCUGUUUCCCAAUGCGCAGUAUCCAGCUGCCGGGAGAAAGACCUUGCACACUGCGGCCAUCGACCACCUGUUCACCGUCUCAGGGCCCGUGCUGCACGGAAUCUUGCCAGCUGAGAUACGGUGUCAAGUGUCGUGACGACAACGGCUGUCGUGAUUCCGCCUUUUGCGACGGCUCGGGACCUAAAUGCCCGCCUUCCAAUAACAAAGCCAAUAAAACUGUUUGUAACGAAGAGUUUGUCUGCUUCAUGGGGGAGUGCACCGGAUCGAUAUGCAUCGCUUACGGCCUUCAAUCGUGUCAAUGCCUCCAGGGACCCAGCGAUCCGCCGACUAAAGCCUGUGAGCUCUGCUGCAAAUUACCCGGCGACGAUCAACCUUGUUUGUCGUCCUUUGAAUGGAACACUCCGCCCUACGAUGUGCCGUCAGCCCAUGCCAAGGCCGGAACGCCAUGCAAUAAUUACAACGGCUAUUGCGAUGUGUUCCAGCGUUGUCGCGAGGUCGAUCCUUCCGGGCCAUUGGCCACCCUACGACGCCUCUUACUUUCAGAUGAGAGCAUCGCUUCUCUCAAAAAAUGGAUCGAAGAUCACUGGUACAGUGUCCUGUUUAUCGCUGUUGGAUUCAUCACCAUUAUCGCCGUCGUCGCACGGGUGUUCGGCAAACGAGUGGAGCGCAAAAAGAGACAGCGCAGUCAACAACGUGCAUCGCGGACGACGAAUGGAGUGACGACGGCGGCUGCAGCGGCAGCGACAGCCGCGGCGGUGGAUGAGAAUCAAGGCCAGCAUAUCGUACAUCCAGUGGCCGUCAGAUCGGCCAUCCCGCUCAAGCGUAAAGUUCGCGAGAAGGAGAAACGGGCAGGACGCAAAGCCUAUUCGACGGCGUCGGCUCUGGCCGUCUUCCGCAAAGCGAGGAAACCCACCCGCGGAUCGUCGCAGGAUCCGAGAGCCAGGAGAUCCGGCGUGGUCAACACCAAAGAUAAGGUCCGAUCGUGGCUGGAGCGAGAAAAUCCUACGCGGGAAACUAUCGACAGCGAUAACGAAAGUCAUUUCCCAGAAGAGGAAAUCAACUCGGCCGUUAACCAGAUGAGACGGACCAGCAAGUCCAGCACCAGCCUCAAUCAGCAGACGACGGAAAGAACCCAAUCUCAACAACCAUCGAGCAAUCGCAGAAGCUCGUCGAGCGAGUUCUUAUCUCUGUCGCCUCCAUCGCUGGACACGAGCGCCAAGAAAAUGAUGCGAUCCAUUUCGGAAAAUCCGCGCCAUUUGGAAGGGCCCAUCACAACAACAGGAGCGGCUGGGCGCCACCAUUUUUCGCGUUCCAUUUCCCAUGGGCACGAACCCGAUUUCAGUCGUCUCAGUCGCAAAACGGAAUCUCAUUCGCAUUUGCUGUCGAAAUCCGAGUUGGAUCUUGAGCCCCUGGGCGAUUCAUCCGUCAAACCCGCCGAACCGCAACCACAACAACAGGCGACUGUAAUUCAUCCACCCGUCCAGAAGCGAAUCCCCAAUCCCAGCAGCAGCAGCAAAAUCCCCAAAUCCUCGACGGAAGGGCAGCUGAAAGCCUCUUCGAAAACCUCUUCCAGUUCGAAAACCAAGACAUUUUCAUCCUUUGAAUUUUUAAAUCUCAUUACUGGAAACAAGAACUCGAAUCCUACGGAUAAAUCGAGCAAACCGGCGGCACGUACAGCUCGUGGCAGUCACGCCGAUGGGGACGCUUCGUCGGCUAAAAUACGAAAGAAAAUCGGUUUGGGUCCGGUGAAAGUUGUUUUAAAGUGGCACGGAGCUGGAAGGGCGUCCAGAGUCAAGGCUCCAGCCCAAACGACGGCGGCGGUCAGCAAGUCCAAGGCGGAUGGGGAGAAGCGGAAUAAUAACAAGAACAACAAUAAAAAGAAGCGGGUGAUUGUCUAUAAAAAUGGUAACCCGACGGCCAACGGUGCGGGUGCCUUCCCAGCGGAGAGGAAAUCAAUGGAGCCCAAACCUCUAACAGCAUCAUCCACUCAAUCUAAAUUGAACGAAAUUGAAAUGGCCAAUGAUGUGGGCUCCGCUUCCAGUAAUAAUACCAAGGACGUCGUCAACAUUAUUGCUAAUCCACUUCCGGAAUUAUCAGCGGAACAACCAUCCAGGCCGUCUGCCGAAGCCAUUUUUCGCUCACGACGUUACUCGAUGCAGGAACGUCUCUCUCAGCCUCCGCCACUGGUCCGUCGGGUCUCGGAGAUUCACACGUCCACGUCCAGUGGUUACCAGCCGCCACCGCCGCAACAUCACAACAACAGCCGACGCAAUCGUCACAGCUGGACCGUCGGAAUCCUGCCAGAAUUCCCUCUCAACCCAACCGAAGAGAUUGGCAUCGAUAUCGAACAUGACUGUUAAAUUGUUAAUUUUUUCUUUAUUUGUCUAAUUUCCAUUAUUAUUUUGAACUCCAUCUGGCGUUCAAAGAACCAAGAGACCAUAGUCAGGUCUCAACUAUUUUGAUUGCGCGAUCACAAUUCCGAUGAUGAGACAAACUUGAUUUAUUUUUAUUAAUUUAAAUCUAGAGCUUAAUUGAAAGCAACAAGAAAGUGAGGGGGGGGGGUAGCAUUUCUGUAUACUAGCUCCGCUUUCGUGAUCGAAAAUUCCGUUAGUUCCAUUUCCAAGUGUAAACCGAUUGAUGCAUAUCAAGCGAAGAAAAAAACAAAAAUGUCGAUCAGUUUGAAAAUGAAUUCUUACGAAUUGUUAACCAACUGAUAUAUACAUAUACAUUAUAUAUUUAUGUAAAAAUAUUUCCGUCAAGUGAGUGAUGACAUGUUAUUCCUACCAGUAUGUGUACGUAUGUUUAUGCGAGUGUGUAUGAGUGUAUAAGAAAUGCUGAUUUUAAAACAUGUUUGUUUCGUUCUCAAUACAGUAUGUUUCCAACUUAA